UUAAAUUUUUUAAAACGUUUUCAUUGUAGCCAGGUAAAAUCAGCCCAAAUUUUGAGAAUCAACCAAUGGAACCACAUGGAACUGUUCAAAAAGUCCAUAGCAGGGUAUGCUAAAGACGUUGUGCACACUGCCACCGUGCACAAAGUGAACUUUGCUGUGUGUAUGAACAGACUCCUGGCAGAGGGCGGGUCAGCGGUCAGUGUCUGGAGGGCGUUGUUCGACGCAUUUGUACGCUGUAAGGUGAGAGACUGAGACAACGUUUACUCGCUAAAGUUGUGGAUGUUGCUAUUAUUGGGCGUUCACGCCUUGUUAGUUAACUGACUUGCUCUUUAAGACAAAAUUAAUUUUCAGGGCAAAAUGCAUCAUAACUUCCCCUGCAAACUUAAGUUUCAACUAUGCGAACGUUAAAUGACAGUUAUAUUUUUGAUAAAUUUGUUUUUUAAAAAGUAGAUUGGAUUUCUGUUCUUGAUUUAUAAAAAUUUGUCAUGAGAAAAUCCGAUUCGUAUGUUUUGUCUCCUAUUAUGACUAUAGUAACCAGGAGACAGAUUAUUUAUUUUUUAAAUCUUAAAUCUAAAGAUAGCCAGGUCACUGUCAAAUUUGGAAAUUAAAAACGAAACAAUGUUGAUUUGAAUCAUUAUUAGCACCCGUGGCUAGUCUAACAACAACAAAACUCAUUUCACUUUAGCAGAUCCAUUAUUUAAUUUUCCAGAUACGGCACAGUGAUCCCCUACAAGAUUGCUGUAGGAGCCCUGCCUGUGGCGAUAACUGUUGUCACCAAUGCCCCCAGUGGAAAGCCUGGUUUAGACCAGUGAGGACUAUCUUAGUCAUGGCGGCCCUCGCAGCCCCCAGCGGUCCAUUCUUGUACGCGAUGUCGUCCGACGGAUUGGAGUUCCAGACCCUGUCUGACAAAAUCGAAUCUCUUGGACUUCAGAGGCCGUUCGACUUCUACGCCGGGUCAGUGUUUGGUAAAGUCUUCGUCGGAGUCCUGGCUCUGAUGUACGUCACCCACGUACUCAUCAUCAUCAUCGACGGAUCAACGGACGAAAACAUCAGUCGACUGUACACGGAGGUACUUGACGUCGCUGAGAAGAAAGACAAAAUUAGCAAGCGCGUUGGCAGAGCUCAGAGCUACAUUAAAAUUGCGUGCGCCCCGAUAAAGAAAUGCGGCGUCCUCAUAAUACCCCUCUGGAUUGUUGCAGUGUGUUUCUUGCCGGUGGUGGCCAUCUUAUCGUUCCUCAUACACGCCCCUAUGCUCCAAGUUAUGAUCCAAGGGGUUAAGAAAAUCCUACAGCGGGCAAACUUAUUGAAGCAAACACGCAAAGACAGAGUUAAAUUUUUCAACGCCUGCGAGAUAUUCUGGUUUUUCACAACUGCCAUCUUCGUCUUCAUUGUCAUGACCAUCGGCGCAAACUUCCUGGUCAACGCCGUGGUGGUUGUCAUAGUAACGGUCAUCGUCCAGGCGGACCUUAUUUAUCGAGUGGUGCCGGUGGUGCUCAUACUGAUCAUCUACAUCAGGGAUUCCUACAGCAGGGUGGGGAUCAAGUACGACGCCUACUUGGGGACCAUCUUGGGUACCAUUAGGAACAAGGAGGCUGAGGAUCUGCGGCGUGAGGCUCUGAAACCAAUAGAGAACCAGCAGAACAAAGUAUUUAAGAUAUUUCCAGAAGCCAUUCCAUAUGACCCAGAUGAUGAAGUGGUGUCCCAUUCGAAAAACGAUGGUCAGUUUUUUUGUUUAAAUACACGUAUAGUAGAACUCAUUUGUAAAUGAACAGAUAAGUGGCAAAAAAUUGACAAAAAGCUUUUAUUUCAAUUUAUUCAUUGUAGCAAAACGUAUUGCAUAUACUCUUUUUAAUUGAUUAGAGUCUCACAAAGUUAAAUUAUUGUUGUGAAAAUCAUGUAAGAAGUUCGAGUUUCCCAAUUGACUCAAUACCGCUUGUUUACUCAUUGUUACUGCGUUCAUGAUUCAAUUUUGUUCUAAAUGAUACCACUGACAACACUGAUGUUUUAUUAUGAUAACAAACAUUAUCUCUGUAAGCUCAGUUUUGUUACUACAUAUCUCCAUGUGUUAUACAAGAUUUACUGUCUAAUUUUUUAUGGGUUUACAGAUAACAACUGAAUAAUGAUUUUUACUGUUUACAAUUGGACUAGCUUCACCCUAAAAUGUAUCACUUUUUAUCCAAUAAACCAUUUCUUCCGGACUCAGCUGUCGUGGCUAAUCUACCGACGUGUGAGGAAGAGCAGAGGUUGUUCAGCCUGAAAAACUCCAACGUGCGACUCCAUCUCAAGCAACUUCUGUUGUUCUUCAGCCGGGACGACUCGCUCUACAUGUCCAAGAAGUUCCUGUUCCACUGCUGCACGAUGACCUGUGCUGGGGCACCCGGGCCGCUGGAGGAGAACUACAUCAAUGUAAUAGGGGGUUAAUAUAAGACGAAAGUUUGUUGGUUAACAACUGGUACUGGUUUGGGAUAUAGGCCGUGUCAUUAUACAUAUGGGUUUAAGACAAGGCACUGAGCAAAAUGCACCUUCUUCUUCCGAACAAUUCUACUGGGAAGGGUGGUCAAUUUGGCGAUACGCCGCAAGGUGUGAGGCUUGCUGAAGAUUGAAUAUAGUGGACUUUGAGUGAUUGGUUCAUAGUAAUUGAUUGAAUAGGGAUAUACUGAAUAGUGAUAGGUUAAAUUGGGAUAGGUUGAAUAGUGAUUGGUUGAAUAGUGAUUGGUUAAAUAGUGAUUGGUUGAAUAGUGAUUGGUUGAAUAUUGAUUGGUUGAAUAGUGAUUGGUUGAAUAGUGAUUGGUUGAAAAGUGAUUGGUUGAAUAGUGAUUGGCUGAAUAUUGAUUGGUUGAAUAGUGAUUGGUUGAAUAGUGAUUGGUUGAAUAGUGAUUGGUUGAAAAGUGAUUGGUUGAAUAGUGAUUGGUUGAAUAGUGAUUGGUUGAAUAGUGAUUGGUUGAAUAGUGAUUGGUUGAAUAUAGAUUGGUUGAAUAGUGAUUGAUUGAAAAGUGAUUGGUUGAAUAGUGAUUGGUUGAAUAUUGAUUGGUUGAAUAUUGAUUGGUUGAAUAGUGAUUGGUUGAAUAGUGAUUGGUUGAAAAGUGAUUGGUUGAAUAGUGAUUGGUUGAAUACUGAUUGGUUGAAUAGUGAUUGGUUGAAUAGUGAGUGGUUGAAUAGUGAGUGGUUGAAUAGUAAAUAGUUUUAUAGUGAUUGAUUGAAUAGCGAUACAUACUAAAAUUGUUAAAAUACAGUGUUAAAAAUUGUUUACCAAUAUGUUCCACCAGGCAACUUUACAAUUCGCAAAAAUCGGAGUCUUCCUCCUCUUCGUGUUUCUGGUGGUCAUGGCUUAUGGGAGCACCUACUACAUCUCACCUACCAAUCACCUGUUUGUCACCUUGGUGUCUGGACUGAUACCUCUCAUCAUAAGAAAUGUCUUCAGUAGCAGUCCCGCUGUUGAGACUGUCACAACCUCCAACUACAGGUGACUUUUUCCGUUAGUCUUCUGUGUUUAAUAAUUUAAGGUUGGCUCUAGAAAGUAUAAUUUGAAUUCAUGCAAAACCAUUACGCAAUGUUACUUAAGAAAAUAUUUCAAACUAUUUACUGUGAACAAAUAGAAGUCGAAUAUAAGUGUGUAUUUUUUGUUUUAGAUUUGAAGCUCAGCUCAAUGAGAAAAUUGAAUCCUUCUGCCAAUCAUGGGACGUUGAAGACAUGGUUCUCAAACAUGUACAAAAGGCCCCAUCCAACUCAUCAAAUACAACAAAUCCUGUAGAUGAUCUCACACGUGAUGUGCCUACAAAACACUUCCAGGCCUCCUGUGUUGACCUAGUUCUUGAACUGGGUGACGAAUCAACUCAGAGUUUUCAUUCUAUUCCCCAACCAAGAUGGCGGUCCCGUCAUAAGAUAGAUUCAGUUCCCUUUGAUCUAAGCGACAGCAAACCAGCUCCUGCAGAUAACAUUCCCAACCCAUACUUACACACUGAAGAUAGGUUGCACUAUGAAGACAACAGUGAAAGGACACAGCCCAAUGGAAGUGAUCGAUUGUUCGACAACGACAGACACAGAACCGAAGUCGCCAGAGCUCAUGCGGAACACACGAGGGGCGUUCUGGCAGAUAUUGACACCUACACCGUGUCCAAUCAUCUGCUGACGAUGUUCGGAAUCAAUCCAGAAAAUUCCGCCGCGGAGGAUGCCGGUAGUGAACGACGAGGUAACGAUGCAGGUCACACGAGGAGGAACGAUAACAAUAACAAUACAUCUGCAAGACGAACCCGAGAAAGAGAUAAUCAUGCUGUGCUUGAGGACACAACGAGGCCUGCGUCUGGUGGGUUAGUUGUAGACGAUGGACCAAACGAAGACGACCUGCCUAGUUAGAGCAGAUGAGAUGUGACAACGAGACGUAAACGAACUCAGCGCUAUGUAUAAAUAGUUCAUUCAAGCAAAAUAAUUGGUGUGAUUGUUUUAUAGUUAUAAAUGAGACACUAAUUUGAACAAAGUGAGAUCUAAACACUUUUUGUUCCAUGGACACCUUUCCCGGUCAGAUAAGUAGUACAGUGAAACUUUUAAGAAUAAAACUUUAUAAAUGCAUAUGACAAAAUUACAAAAACGUUUCUGCCAAGGUACUGUCAGACACGUUUUUCAAGUGAUCCGUGGACCACAGGUUAAGAACCCUUGUACUUAUUAACUAAAAGGAUAAAUAAAUUGAAGUCAAAUAUAUUUAUUUCAUUGCAUAAUGGCUGUGUUGCUUGGGG